AUGGACGAGUUUCUGUCCACACCCGACGGCCUCAGACACACGCGGCCGUCGGGCAAAAUGGCGCCUGAUUCACCAGGCACAAGCAGCACGGCCGGAUCCAUAGCAGGCUCCACGCAAGCAGACACCCUAACCCAGAUAUCUGCUGAGUUAGCAGCCAUAGCCUCCAACAUGCUGACAAAGGCAGACAAGGUGACCCUGGUACAGGAAAUGCGCUCCGCUAUCAGGGAAGAGAUUCAAGAGGUGAGAAAUGAUCUAACCACCCUGGAGCAGCGGGUCACUGAGCUGGAAGCUGAUUGUAUGCUGGCCUCUCAACACUCCCAAGCUGCCGACAAUGCCACCUCAAGGCAGGGUACCGUCCUCCUGGAUCUAAGAAGAUAG